CGCAAAGUGUGAGGAAGUGAAGACCCUCACACACACACACACACACACACACACACACACACACACACACACACACACACACACACACACACACAUACACUUACAUAUAUUCAGAGCAGAAGGAUUGGAGCAGGGAUGGUGGCAGAGGAGAUCGUGGUCUCCCUCUCCGGGGGCUCCCCGUGGGGGUUCAGGCUGCAGGGAGGAAGGGAGCAGCAGAAGCCUCUACAGGUGGCAAAGGUACGCCGUCGCAGCAAAGCGUGCAGGGCGGGGCUGAAGGAGCGUGACGAGCUGGUUGCCAUCGGCGACCACACGUGCGUCGAGCUCAGCCACGCCCAGGCCAUGACCCUCAUCGAUACCCAGAAUGGCACGCUGCACCUGAGGGUCAAACGGUGCCCGUCGUACCCGGCUCGCUGCUCACCUCCGCUUCUCUCUGUGAGCUCCUGCGUCGUUACCUCACUGCCGGACAGCGAGGCCUACUACGGCGAGACGGACAGCGAUGCUGACACGCGCUCGCAGGCGCACCGCCGCCAGGCCCGUACGCCUCCUCGCGCCUGCUCACCCGCUCGCUAUGAUAACCAUGGGGAGGAGGAGGAGAUGUCUGAGAUGAGUGGCUAUGAGAGUGCUAACGAUGCAGCGGCCGGUCCAAUGCAGGGGCAGUGGCACGGCGUCCCACACAAGGACUUCAUCUACCAGCCCCCCCAGGUAGGGUGGACCAUCCCGGCCCAAAGCGUCACACCGCACUCACUCACCCCGACCCACGAACGAGCUCUGGCGGAGGCCGAGGGUGAAGGAGACAGUGGCUUCCAGGAGGCGCUGGCUGGCGUCGGGCUCGCCGCAUGCCCUCCGAUGGUCUCUCCCGAGCGGGCCAAGGAGGCCCUGACGCUGGGGUCUUGGGGUCAGCUGGUGCCCAUGGUGGGACCCCAGCAGGGCCCCGUGAGCGAGGAGCUCGCUGCCACCUACAUGGACAAAGCACGGCAAGCCAAGCUGCAUCGUGGGGAGAGUUUGGUUGAGAAGCAGGUGAAAGAAGCUCGCACCAAAUGCCGCUCCAUCGCCUCGCUGCUGACCGACGCGCCCAACUCAAACUCCAAGGGGGUGCUCAUGUUCAAGAAGCGGCGGCAGAGAGCCAAGAAAUACACGCUGACCUGCUUUGGCAAGGUUGAGGACGACCAAGGGGGCCAAAGCACAGAGGGUGAGACGGAGGAGGAAGGCGGGAGCUCCAUCCAGAGCUCUGAAGUGGACGAGGAGGGCUUCUCAUCUUCGUUCGACCCCACGUGGGAUAGCGGUUACUUAGACCUGCUGGACAGGAGGAGUGCCGCCUGCCCGCCUGCCACGCCGACAGCUGCCAAUAUCAGCCCAGGGCUUGAUAACUUGAGCUUUGUGGCGCCUGUCAGUCAAAUUCAAAAUAUGGAGCUGUUCAGACUGGAGACCAUGAAACAACCAGACGGUGCUAUGUCUUCAGUUCCGGAUGUGCCUCUUCUCAAGGUGGGUCCAGUUGCCAUAAGCCAGGCUAGUGUUACAUUAAGCCCACCCCCUUUGACACCUCUGCUUAAUCAAAAUGGCCCACAUGUCAACCUCAGUCCAAGUCCAAACCUUGAGCACCACUUGAGUCCCCCUCCGCUCAAUCGCACGGCUCGCCCCUUUACUCCCGGUCCUGCGCUGCCCCGCUCAUCAGUGACCUCCGUGAUGUUCCGCCCUCCCCAGCCCAAACCGGCGGCGGCUGUCUCCAUGGUGACCAUCGCACCCACUCACUAUCCGGCAGCGGAAGGGAGGAGAGCCGUGUCCAGCACCUCCCUCUACAUCCCUCCUCGGAACAACGGCGUUGGUCCCUCGGUCAGCGCCUCGGCCCUCUCGCCCCCCUCGUCUUUGAACCCCUCCGCCCCCGUGGCUCCUCAAAGUUCCCCAGCCCACCCUGCUCAACACUUCUCCCCUCCACAACCAUUUCACUCCCCUCCUACCUUUUGUCAGCCUCCCACCCCUGGUCCCAUCUCGCAGGUCCAAGUCUCGAUGCUCCCUCCAACUCCGAUUACCCCAGCCACUCAUCCCUGCAUCCCCACCGCCAUGGGGACUGCAUCAUCCUCCCAAACCUCAGCCUCGGAUUCACUGGCUACUCGUGAGCAGCGCAUCUCAGUGCCAGCUGAUCGCACCGGCAUCCUGCAUGACGCCCGUGGUCGUAGCAGCAAGAAGCCGAUGUUCAGCGCCAUCCGAAGCAAAGAUGUGUCCCCAAACCCUGCCUUGAUGUCCAUGGUGCAAAACAUGGACGACCGCUUUGUGAGAACGGCUGGCGCAGAGUCUGCUGUUGUAUCCGGGGGUGAGGCUGGCCAUGAGUCUGGGCCCGAGGAGGACUGGUUGCGGCUCGGGGCUGAGGCUUGCAACUUCAUGCAGGCUCAGCGGGGACCCAAGCCGCCGCCCGUGGCUCCGAAACCGAACACCUCGCAGGCGCCUCAGCUGGCAGGGAAGGGGGGGCAGCUGUUUGCCCGUCGACAAAACCGGAUGGAUCGUUACGUUGUCGAGCGGAGUCCCUCCGUUGCUCCUGCGCCAUUCUCUCCUUCCCAGACCAGGGAACCUUCUCCCACGCCAUCCCUCCCGGCCACGUGGAAGUACUCCUCCAAUAUCCGUGCCCCUCCUCCCAUCAGCUACAAUCCCCUCCUGUCACCCUCGUGCCCUCCCAAAGCCCAGAAGAAGGGGGAGGUGACAAAGUCCGGACUGGCUGGAUCCAAAGGGAAGAAAUCUGCCAAAAAGCAGGUUGACGUCAUGAAACACCAGCCGUACCAGCUCAACUCAUCUCUGUUUACCUACAGGGGUCCUCAGGACACCACUGCCAGUCAGCAGCAGCGAGGUGGUCCUCAGAAGACGGCACAGGUGUACGAGGUGAAACGUUUCUCCACCCCCCCUCCGACAGCCACCAGCCCUGGCCUGAAGGUGAUCGUACCUCGAUCAGCCACGACGCUCGGAGAACCACUGUGGCGUUCUGAAAUCGCCUCCCCCCCACCCCAAACCGCCACUCACCGUCAAACGCCUCCUACCCCUUACCAAUCUCAGUGGUCCCAGGGGAACCUGUCCCCUCCACCGCCCCCUGCCCCCACAGCUCCCCUCCCUCAGCUCCCUACCUUCACCUCGCCUCCAAACGCAGUCCAGUCCCCCACGUUCUCCCACCUCCAGCCCCAACAAGCUGACAGGCAGUUUAAAAGCGCCCCAGAUCUGAGCCCUCUUCGGCCUCCCGGGGCCACCUGGCAGACGUCCACCGGCAGCCAAUAUAGCAGGGUUCCCAGACCUAGAUUCAGCACCUCUAACCUGGGUCUACAGCCUUGCGUGUGGCACCCUGGUUCCACCGCACACUGAGCUAACACAUUUUAGUGUGCACUGACUAUAAGCCAUUUUAUUUUAAAAGGAAAUCCACUUGUUUUCAGUUUGGUAACAUUGUUAUUCACAUUUGUGGAUGUGUGUUUUAUCUCAAGCUUAGUUUGGACUGGCAACAAGAUAAAAAAUGUGAUCCACUUUCUUUUUUUUAGGGGUAGAUACUCUUUGAUUUGGCCAUCUUGACGCAUUUAGUUAAAAUUUAAAGGCAACAUGGUGGCUUAGCAAAUGUACCAGAGAGAUUAAAAGUUUAACAGAUUAGAAAGGCAGUAGAAAGAUGGUGAAUAAAGUGUGGACUGGAGGAUGUGGAAAAAGACUGAUUUUAGCUGUGGAUCGGAAGGUGGAUAAAAUACAAGAAGAUUCGAUGAAGUCUAAUGAACUUCCUUUUGUAGGAGCAAUCAAAGUAGAAGCACCAACAUUGUUUGUAAUUAUCCAAAUACACGCUAUAUUGUGUUUUGUUUUCUCUCUUUCUUAUAAUAUGACAAGAGUAUAGUGGUACAGGCUUUUUUUUUUCCCAGAGGUGGGGGACUUGAGUCACAUGACUUCACUUGAUUUAAUUGAUCAAUUUUAAGAAUUGGAACUUGCUUGGCUUAGAUUUUUGACCGACUCCACUUUAAAUAGAACAACAUGACUUGACAAUGGGGUGGCGCGGUAGAGGACUGGUUAGGACAUCUGCCUCACAGUUCUGAGGACCUGGGUUCAAAUCCCAGCCCUGCCUGUGUGGAGUUUGCAUGUUGUCCCCGUGCCUGCGUGGGUUUUCUUCGGGCACUCCGGUUUCCCCCCACAUCCCAAAAACAUGCAUGGAAGGUUGAUUGAAGAAAUCUAAAUUGCCUGUAGGUGUGAAUGUGAGUGUGAUGGACUUGACAAAGGAUAUGAAUAUUUGGAUUUCAAAGUUAGCAUGCUGCUUGUUUUUCUUUUUUUUUUUUUAUGAAUGAAAAGUAAUUUUCGGUGGCGUGUGCGAACCUGGUAAGCCGCCAGUAUGAAAUUAAGUGGAGGGCAAAGACCAUGCAACGAAACAGAUUAUUAUUGAAGGAUUAUUCUUUUGAUAAAUUUGGUAAAAAGAGAAUGGCAACAUGCAAAGUUUACAAGUCAAAGAUAAGAGACACCACAACUAGGAAAUCUAACUUCUCGUGUCACUAUAUAACCCACAAAGAAACUACCGUAACCUCACAGUUUAGCUAACCGAUAGCUGGUCAAACAUGAACUACCGGUCAGCUUCAAGUCAGUUACACAUUUAAUUGAGAAGAAAAUAAGGUAAUAGACAAUAAAUAAACUGGUUUGGGACCAUAUAAAAUAUGUCUGCUAAUGUUAGUACAGCUAACUAACGUAAAUACAGAUAGGCCUACUGAGGUUAAAUAAGCUGAUGUGCAAAUAUACUGCAUGUUGUAGCAAGAUUGGAUAACUUGACCGAUGACUUGCUUCACCCAAGUAAUGACAUGGCUCGACUUGGUUGAUUUUUGCCACAGUAACUUGGGACUUACUUGAAACUUCAAGGUUCAGACUUGAGACUGACGUAUGAUUUAUAGAACGUGAUUUCCUCCCACCUCUGGUUUUUGUAGUGUUUUUCCAUAAUAUCACACACACACAAAGCACUAAUUACAUCUAGGUGGAACAACAGGCGGACAACGUGUCUUUUUUUUGUUUCUUUUCCACCGGGACAUGGCGGCUAAAUAAAAAUAGA